AUGGUAUGCGCGGAAUUCCAUUUCCUGCUUGUAUGGCAAGGUAAGUCCUAAAGUCUCAAGUUUCCAAGAAGGUUGAGAUGUAUUUCAGGCAACCACGUGACCUGUUCGCUUUCUUGAUUUAAUAGGAGAAAACAAAUACAAACGAGUUUUAGGGUUGAAGGAAGAGUUCACUAGUAGGGCGGAAUAUCUAGUGAAUCCUCAAUUCCAAGACACCUGGAAACAGGGAACCCCUCUGGUAGUCGAACAUAUUUUCGCGUUGCAUUUGAAUUUUGACAUAAUGCCCACACGUCCCUUUUGCAAACUAACUUGUAUAUCUUUGAUACAUACUAUAUCGCUGAAGAUAUACUAAACAGACACACACAAUCUUGGUUAGGUGCACACCAAAAAACCUCAACUAGCCAGAAAUGGAGACAAAAGUGCAACAACAUUCUCAGGAAGGAGAAGAAAUGGAACAUGGCUAUAUUCCAAUUGCCUUGGAUAUAUCUGGAGAACAAACAAUACGUACCGCAGCCGAGAACCUUCCUUCUCCUGACGAACUAGGUGAAGUUCAAGCCCCACGCCAUACCGAAUUCGAAAACCUGAUCCACCAAUCCAGGGAACUCGAUUUUGCAGAUCUUAUUAAGCAUGUUGACGAACUCGUUCAAGAUAUAAGAAGUCCUGGAUUCGGCAACUCCACACUGCGUGCCACAACAAGUGACGAGACAAUAAACAACCCCUUAAGCGAGCCGUUGGUCAAGCCGUACCCUUCAAAUACACCACACACCGAAGGUUCGUCCGAAAGUCCAGAGAUGUUAUAUCCGACAGUUUAUUCCUCCCGUAUCGAAGGAGCAGAAGAGAAAGGUCGGAUUAGUGGCGAAGAAGGAAAUUGUGGAUGAAGGAGUGGAAUCUGAUGAUACCAUCAAGGCCGUGAAACAAAAUGCCGUUUCUCCUGCCCUUCUGAGGACUCGGGUCAGAAGUGGAACACAUUAUAAAGCAAAACCAUAUGGACUAGGACUAACCAGAGAUGAGGAUAUCUCAGGGAUUCAAGGUGAAGGAGAAACAAUCGGGCUCGUCCCAAUCCAUGAAGGAAUCGAUACUGAUAAUCAGGAUGGUGGAGGAGAUGCACGAUCUCUUUUCGCAAGAUUAACACUCGGCAAUCCUAUCCCCAAAUUUGACUUUCCAACCGAGAAAAUCAAACCUACAAGAAGGGCGAGACAGAGACAAGGAGGUGGCUACUAUGGAAUGGCAGUAGGAUAUCAAGAUAAAGAAGGUCAGAACUUGGGUGGCAUAUACCCGACGAAGGGUAACGAGUGGAUGUUUGAGGAUAGCAGCGAUGGGGAAGAUGAGGAAGACAAGAAGGACUCAACACGUAUAGGCUUGGGGAUUAUAGGUGCGGGCUUGGAACAAAGUUGGGUCAAAGAUGGAGGCUGUAGUCACUCAGAUUGCUCCAGUAAAGGGCCAGAACCAAUUGUCAAAGAAGCUAGGAAAUUGAGAAAGAAGCUGGUAAAGAGAUAA